AUAGAAAGUUGUCACUUGUUGUUGAACCAAGAUAUUGACAAUGAAAGUUUUCCUUCUCUUUGCCUUUGUUGCCUGCGCCACUGCCCAAUGGGACCAAAAUUGUGGUAGAAGCAAAUACCCUGAUCCUGCUCCGGAAAAACCAAAAGGAGGAAGAAUUGUGGGCGGAUGGGAAGCCAGAGAAAAUGAAUUUCCUUAUCAAAUCAGUCUAAGAAACUUCGGAAGUCACUCUUGUGGUGGAGUAAUUCUUAACAGCCGCUGGGUUCUUUCUGCCGCCCAUUGUAUCAGAUCUGGAUCUGCAACUGGAUUGACCGUUGUUGCUGGUGCCCAUAUCAGGAGUCAACCUCUUGCUAGCGAACAAACUUCCGCUAUCACUCAAGUCAUUAACCACGAAGACUGGCAAUCACCAAUCGCUCGUGCUAAUGAUAUCUCUCUUCUUAGACUUACCACUCCUUUCACUCUUAACGAAAAUGUUGCUCCUGCCUGUGCUCCAAGAACUUCAUCUUACGAUGGCAACACCGUAACCAUCUCUGGAUGGGGAUCCACUUUCUCUGGUGGUAGAGUCACCGAUGAAUUGAGAUACACCAAUGUCGUUGUUACACCCGAUUCCCAAUGUUCAACUGCCUACCCAGGUCAAAUUGAUGAGAGUAUGAUCUGCGCUGCUGCUUCAGGAAGAGAUACUUGCCAAGGAGAUUCUGGUGGCCCAAUGGCUUACAACAACAAUGGAAAAUUCGAAGUUAUCGGUUUGACUUCAUGGGGUAGAGGAUGUGCUUUUGAAGGAUUCCCUGGCGUCUAUGCUAAAGUUUCCACUCAACUCCAAUGGAUCGCAGAUAACGCUCAAUAAUUCAUAUUUUCAGAACUUGUAAAAGUAAUAUAUUAAUGUUAAUAAACAUUUUCUGAUAAAUAAAAAAUUCCAAGUUUACUCUCCG